AUGAUCGCGUCGCUCCCAACGCUAGUUCUGAUCAUUUUCCAACCUCACCAAACCCACGGCGCUCAUUUGCACGGAAUCCGAACCGGAUUGGGCGCCGACGACGACAGUCACCGGAGUGCCCUCUUUCUGAACCGAAUUGGCCAAUGCAAAGGGUUGGAAAAGCUGCCGAUCUUCGUUCCGGAUGCGAAAAUCGUCCAGCUGAACACGACCCACUACGUGGUCAGCGGAAUCAUUCGGUUUCACGAGGCUUACCCGGAAGGUUUCGGGAUCUCGGGACUAGUUUGGAUCGAACAGUGCAGUGAGUUGGGGAAGUGUCAACCGUUUACUUCGAAGGUCGCUUUCGGGGAUGUUUGCCAAGUGUUGAACUCCAUGGACGAUGUGUUUAAUACGUUCCUGAACCGGUCGAGUCCGGUGUUCAAGUGUCCGUUCCGGAAGGGAGUGUACCGAUUCAACGAUGUCGUUAUGGACAAUGAAGUGUUUCGGUAUUUAUCUCCACAUGUAUCAAACGAUUGGAAAAUCGUGCUGCAAGCCUCUCAUAACAACCACAUAAUAUUUUGCAUAGCAGUUGACCUCAGUGUUUUUAACUGGGAGGAAAUGAUCAAGAAAACGCAAUAUUUGUAG